UUUAAGUGUUGCACCUUUGUCUGAACCCUGGAAGAUCCUUUAUUGUGAAGGGUCCAUCUUACCCCCAAGGAUUUCUUUCUGAUUGCGAGCAUGCGAAUUAAUUAAUAAAUCAUGUCUUUCCUAAGCUUGUUUGCUGAGGACACAGUCACACUGAUCCUUUUCCCACUUCUGACUGUGUUUUGUCUGAUGUACUUUUACACGGGGUGUAAACCCUCAGCAAUUUACAAGCUGCCCCCGGGUCCAACCUGUCUGCCUUUGAUCGGAAACCUACACACGCUGGAUCUGAAGAUGCUGCACCAGAGUCUUACAGAGUUAUCGGAGCAGUAUGGACCUGUGUUUACCAUUCAGCUGGGAGUGGAAAAAGCAGUGGUCCUCACAGGCUACAAAGCAGUGACAGAGGCUCUUGUGGAUCAGGCGGAUGAGUUUGCAGAGAGAGCAAAGAUCCCCGUGUUGGAAAUGCAGGCAAAUGGUUACGGGAUUUCUUUUGGACACGGGGAAUCAUGGAGACAAAUGCGAAGAUUCACUUUAACGACGUUACGCAAUUUUGGAAUGGGCAAGAAGACAAUUGAGGACAAGAUAAUUGAGGAGGCCAAGUACCUGGUGCAAGAGUUGGAAUCUCACCGAGACCGACCAUUCAAUACAACUGUGCCUGUUACCUCUGCCAUGGCCAAUGUUAUCUGCUCUAUAAUUUUUGGAGAACGAUUUGGAUACAAGGAUGAAAUAUUUCUCACCAUAACAAAACUGAUACGCGAAAAUUUUAAUCUGCUUGGAUCUUCCAGAGUGCAAAUGUACAACGCAUUUCCUUUCCUCGGCUUUCUACCUGGAACUCACAAGAAAAUCUUUCAAAAUCGAACACAGAUGGUUCAGCUUAUCCAGAGUUUUUACAUAGAACAUCAGAAAACUCUGAAUGAGAACAAUAUAAGGAGCUUGAUUGAUGCUUUCUUGGUAAAACGAGAAGAGGAAUCAAGUAAUGCUGAUUCUUAUUUCCAUGACAACAACUUGGUGACUUCAGUAACCAACCUCUUUGCGGCCGGAACGGAUACCUCCUCUUCAACGCUGCGCUGGGCCAUUCUACUGAUGAUGAAGUACCCACAAAUUCAAAGAAAUGUGCAAGAGGAAAUUAAUAGAGUUAUUGGAACAGAGAGACCACCCCGAAUGAUGGAUCGGAAGGCAAUGCCAUAUACUGAUGCAGUAUUGCAUGAGAUCCAGAGAUUUGCCAACAUCAUCCCAAUGAAUAUGCCACAUGCAACAACCAAGGAUACACACUUCAGAGAAUAUUUCAUUCCAAAGGGAAUGCAGGUAAUUCCCCUGCUAUCUUCUGUCCUCCGUGACAAAACUCAAUGGGAAACACCAAACGACUUCAACCCUUCUCACUUUCUAGAUGCGGAGGGGAGGUUUGUGAAGAGAGAUGCCUUCAUACCUUUCUCUGCAGGUCGGCGGAUAUGCAUUGGGGAAAGCCUGGCCAAGAUGGAGCUGUUUCUGUUUUUCACGACCUUGAUGCAGAGAUUUUCAUUCCACACUGUGCCUGGAACCAGCUUGGAUCUCACGCCAUCUGUUGGUUUUACCUUAUGUCCAAAGCCUCACUUAGUGUGUGCUGCACUCCACUCUCCGGGAUACACGUUCCCCGUUCGCGGCGGUGCUAGCGCCUCACGACGCUGCCUCCGCGCCAGUGUCCUGCACUUGGUUUCGUCGUACAGUACAGUAUCAGACCAGCCAUCAGUGUGGCAGGCCCUAAACACUAGGAUGGGCUACAAGUCAAAACAUGCCCUUCCUGAUGAGCUUCAUCCAUUCGAUACACAUUUCGAGCAGAUGGGAUGUAAAGCACGGAACAGUACAGCACAAGAAGAGGCCUGUGCUAAUGAAAGACGAAGCGUUGCAGCAGAGCUGAAUUCACUCCAGGCGUGUCACCUUGUGCCCGGGAACCCUGCUCCUGAUAGCUGGAAGAAGCCACAAGUCAAAAGCUGCGGGGAGAUGUCGUUCGCCGGUGUUUACUCACUGGAUGCCGUGACUUUUGUGCUUCUCUGCGCCCUCGUCGCGUUGUUUCUCGUUUAUUUUCGCGCAGGGUCUAAAUCCCCUGGAGAGACCAACUUCCCCCCGGGGCCCACUCCCCUACCGAUCAUCGGGAACCUGCACCUCCUGGAUCUAAAGAAGCCCCACCAAAGUCUCAUGGAGCUGUCUGAGAAAUAUGGUCCGAUCUUCAGCAUCAAGCUCGGGACAAUGAGAGUGGCGGUCCUGACUGGUUAUGAGACAGUGAAGGAUGCUCUUAUCAACCAUCCAGAUGAAUUUGGAGGAAGACCUCACAUCCCGAUAUUUGAUGAUUUAACACACGGUUAUGGGAUCCUAUUUGCUCGUGGGGAAUCCUGGAAGCAGAUGCGAAGGUUCACCAUGUCCACCUUACGGGACUUUGGGAUGGGCAAGAAAACUGUAGAAGAUAAAAUCAUUGAAGAAGCCCAGUUCCUGAUAAAAUUGCUUGAAUCUUGUAAAGGCCAAGAAUUUAAUCCAACCAUUCAAUUAAAUGCUGCCGUGGCCAAUAUCAUCUGUUCCAUAGUUUUUGGGGACAGAUUUGAAUACGAUGAUGAAAGGUUCGUCACUUUAGUGAAGAGAGUGAAUGAGAACAUUCAGCUUGCUGGUUCUCCCAUGGUUCAGCUUUAUAAUGCAUUUCCCAUACUGGGAUUUCUUCCUGGUUCACACAAGAAAAUUUUGAAAAAUGGAAAAUCAACGUGUGAGUUUGUCAAAAACUUUAUAAAUGAAAGCAGACAGACACUGGACGCAAAUGUUCCAAGGAGCUUUAUUGAUGUGUUCAUAUUAAAACAGCAGCAGGAAUCAGGUAACCCAAAUACAUAUUUCCAUGAAAACAACCUGAUAUUCACAGUGACCAACCUGUUUGGUGCUGGGAUGGAGACAACUUCGACCACCCUUCGUUGGGCUAUGCUAUUGAUGAUGAAAUAUCCACAGAUUCAGGAAAAAGUCCACGAUGAAAUCACUACCGUGAUUGGUUCAGAGCGGUUUCCCAGAACCGGAGAUCGGAAAAAUUUGCCGUACACCUAUGCAGUGAUCCACGAAAUCCAGAGGUUUGCUAACAUUUUGCCAUUGAGCAUCAUGCACUCAACAACAGAGGACGUGAAUUUCAAAGGAUAUUUCCUGCCAAAGGGCACACCAGUGAUCCCUUUGCUAACCUCCGUGCUGUAUGACAAAACUCAAUGGGAAAACCCGAAUGACUUCAACCCUUCCAACUUUCUGGAUGCUGAUGGGAAGUUUGUGAACAAAGAUGCCUUUUCUCCUUUUUCUAUGGGACGCAGGGCCUGUGCGGGGGAGAGUCUGGCCAAAAUGGAACUUUUUAUGUUCUUUACCAUCCUGAUACAAAGGUUCAGGUUUCAAGUUCCUCCAAAUGUCAGCAAUCUGGAGCUUGUGUCUGGCGUGGGCUUCACCUCAUUCCCAAAGUACCAGAACGUGUGUGCAGUCCGUCGCUGAUGCAAACACGUCAUUCCAUGAUUUGUCUUGGUUUUCUCUCCUUUUCAUUGCGUUUUAUAUCACUACAAUUUAUGCUUCUUUGUGUAUUUUGGUCUGAAUUAUAGAGGAGUGAACAAUAGUGGAUUCUGAACCUCACUGCAAAUCACCAGAUAUUUUCCUGAGACAGAGAACACCAUGAAUGGGGAAAUGCCCAGAACUGAACAGAUGAAUUGGAAAGUCACCAAGCACUGUCACCUCCCAUCCCCCUCCCCCCCCCCACCAGUUAUCUCACAGGUCGUUCACUAUGAAUUAAUAAAAUAACAUUCCUUCUAUAUUUCUGAUGAUAUUCUGCAAUCAACAUACUGUAAAUAAUUUUCAGGGAUCAGGAGUUUAAUAUUGAACCAACAUAUGUGGCUAGAGGGACAUACUCUUUGAGUUUCAGCACCUUAGCUCUGAGGUACAACAUGGUGUGCUGCAAUCUCAGAUUCAAAAGGUUCAAGCUCAAGUUCCUCACUAGUGAUUUCAGUGCAAUUUGGAAAUGGUGGCGGGAGAGAUAUGGGUAAUGGUGGUGGGAGAGAUAUGGGUAAUGGUGGUAUCCUCAGCAGCUGCCCAAAAGCCCUGGGAGAAUGCCACUAACUCUGGCAUCUUGACCAGGAGCUAAAGGCGGAUACAGAAAGUAUCUCUCUGGACAUUAACCAAAGCUGGCAACUUCACCGACACAGAAAGCCCAUAGCCUUUGUCAAAGCUGAAAACCAACCACAGCCUCAGCCCAGAUGACCAGCAGACUUGCUUGGAGUGGCAUCUGACUGGCAACUGAAAGCUGAACUUGGCAAGCAAGUAAAGUUCCCUGGUUUCAUGACAGCAUCAUCCCUGAGGGCUGACAUGGUCAUUCUGUCAGAAACCUCAAAGCAGGGGUUCAUGGUAAAACUGACAGUGCCCCAGGAAAACUGAUAGAAUGCAAGAAGCCAAAUACCAGUGGGUGGUAGAGUAGUGCCAGAAACAGGGGUGGAGGGCACGAUGUGAGCCUAUAGAGGUGGAGUGCAGAGGUUUUCCUGGCUGCUCACCGUGCAGAAACUACUCUCUCCUUGGCAUAAAUGGGGCUUCAAAGGAAAGAACCAUCAAGACCACUUCAGAGGCUGCUGAGUGAGCCUCCAGAUGGAGAUUGAUCAAGCGGUGUAUGCCAUGGGCCAAUGCUACUGGGACACAAGCCAAGGUCUGAUCCACCCUGGCUGGGUCAUCUGGGUGGGAGUGCCUGAUGUUGUACAGCCCAAAAUACUCAAUGAUCCCAGGUUACAAUACUAAUGAGGUGUCCCAGUACAUUGUGUGAGGUAUCUCCGAUAGAGGGAUAAGCAAAUAUGGGUAGAGGCUAAGAACAAUGACUAGCUAAAGAUCAAUACUUGUGCAAGUCAGAAAGAAACCCUACCCAGCAACAGCUGACGUACUAGAUAUUGUUCUCUGAAAAUGCUAAAACAUCUCAAGAUAUAACUAAAUAUGGGAAGGAUAGCGUAAGGGACAGAACAUUCGAGAGAAAGGGGAAGGUGUCAAUAUAAGGAACUGAUGUAUCCAGGCCAGCUUUGGCAGAAAAUAAUUAUAACUAACCAGUGCUGAUUUUACAUCUAAUAGUAUAUUAGCAUAUGAUGGAAACUAUUCUAAAACUGUCUUAACUCGCGUAAUUUUAAGAUUUCCUGCUUACGUCAUGAUCAAUGUUAUAAAUUUUGAAGAAUUGUGAUUUGGGGCAGGGUAGGGUCUGGACUGGCUCUUUGGGAGAUCAGUCUGUAACUUCCCCCAUAGCAUGCUAUGAAUAAAGAGUAAAGU